GCCGAAAAGGGAAUUAAGAAUGUUUAUACUGACAGCCGCUGGUGCUGAUGAAAAAGAAAAUUUGACGGUUUUGAUUACUGCAAAUGCUGCAGGUCAGCUUGCACCACCGAUGAUUGUGUAUAGGUACGCAAGAAUUCCCGCCAACAUAGCUCAUUCGGUACCACCUGGAUGGGCAAUGGGAAGGUCAGAAAAUGGCUGGAUGACGCAAGAAACGUUUUACGAAUAUAUGGCGAUUAUAUUCGAACCGUGGUUAACAUUGACCAAUAUAGCCAGACCAGUGGUUUUUUUCAUGGAUGGUCACACGUCACAUAUGUCUCUACCAUUGACUAAUUUUUGUUUAAAGCAUGAAAUAGAACUAGUGGCACUUUUUCCGAAUGCAACUCACCUUUUACAACCAACGGACGUGGCCGUAUUCCAUACGUUAAAAGCAACUUGGAAGCAAAAAGUAUCGGAAUGGAGAAUGGCCAAUGAUGGGAAACAAAUCGCUCCUGUGCUGAAGUCCGUUCUAGAUGAAUUGUUAGAUAAGACAAUCAGCAAUGGAUUUAAAGCAUGUGGUCUUAUGCCAUGGGAUUCAAAAGGGAAGUACCGAACCUGA